AUGCGAGGAAGGUACAUCUCGCGGGUUAAUCUAGCUAUUCGGGAGUAUACUAAAAGGGACGUGGCUAAAAUACGACGGCUAUAUAAUAUCCUUAACUACGAUAAUAUAUUAAUAGCCCGAGAGUGCUUCGUAAAUAAAGGAUGUAUAUACGCUCUCGUUAACGACCUCCAGCUUACUUUAGAGCAGCUUAUAGGGUGUCGGUCUCUCUAUCCUACAUUUUGGAUGUCUCUGAUAUACCGGAAUAUUCUUCUCGGCCUAGAUAGCGUUAUCAAGAUCGCUAGCUUAGAGAUAUACGUAGAACGUCCGCCGGAUACGUUUAGGUUCCUUUCCGCCCUCUCGAUAGUAAAGUCUAUUAAAUCUUUAAAAGAGCAACCGCUUAUCCGUAAAGAAAGUCGAUUGGUAGGAGAGUUGAUACUUCUUACUCGGUCUAUUUUAGUCUCUAUAAGGAUAUUCUAUUCCUAUAAGAGAUAG